CGCCGCGGGCUCCGGCGCGGGCGGCGGGGAUGGGCGGGCGGGUGACCCGCGUGUUCCGGACCUUCAACGUGGAGAGCCGGGCCCGCCGCGAGAUCAGCAAGGAGAAGCCCACGCCCGCGCCGCGGCACCCAACCACUCGCCUGGACGCCACGGCCGAUCAGCCAGAGGUAAAAGAACAAAUUAUAAGAAAGGACGAGAGGCUUCUCACGUUUCUAAAAGAUGUUUAUGUUGAGUCCAGAGAUCCACCAGUACGGGUAAAAGAUGGAGGUGGAGAACGUCUUCCGUGUAAACAGGAGGAAAAGAGACUUACAAAACUAGGCCAUUUGGGAGCGCUAGAUGUUAAGAAAGUUUCCAAAGGCAAAAUUUCCAUUGUGGAGGCUCUGACACUUCUUAAUGAUCAUAAAUUUCAUCCUCAAAUAUGGACUGCAGAGAAAAUAGCAGCAGAAUACAGUCUGGAACUGAAGGAUGUCAACUCUCUUCUGGAAUUCUUCAUUCCUUUCACCGUGCAGGAAUUUCCUAAAGAAACCAAAAAAGCUAUAAAGUCAACAUAAAAAUACUUGCCAAAA